GGCGCGACGGUUGCCAUAGACGCGGAGUGCAGGCGGGAAGCGAGAGCGGGGAGUUUGUUGGCUGUUGAUGGCGGCCGCGGCUGUCGACCGACCGACCGGCUCCGGCGGCUCGGCUCGUUUAGGAGAGGGAAAAGUUUAACAGGAAUCGACAGUAUUAUGGCAGACUUGUCGAGUGAUUCCGAUUCUAUCCGUCGGAAAUACUCAAGCCGGCGAAGAUCACCGAAGGUGACGUCAGUGGUGGGGGCACAGGGAAGGCACAAGACACAGAGUGGAGUAUGUUUCACUGAAAAAAUUAACACAUUAGCAAGCACUUUACAGGACACAAGUCAGAACCUCCGCAAUGUUGAUCAGAUGCUGGGGGAUUAUAGAGACUUGACGAGUGAACAAAUGAAGGCGGUGUCAAAGCUACGAGAUAAUCUGGAACAGUCUGUGGACCAGCUGAGAAACCAGCGACUGCACAGAAGCUCUCACUCAACACUUCAAACAAGUGACCUACAGAGCGACUCCCCUACAGAAGGUCAGUGCAGUUCUACCUCACAUCCAAAGGACCAUGCGGCUCACUUGAAUAUUCGUGAUAGAAAGUACAGAUCUUCCGUGAGAUUUAUCGAUCAGCCAAAGCCUUCAAAUAACAUUCACAUAGUGCAUCAGUCAUUAAGAGACCUCAGCAGUGAUCAACUAAGACUCGGAGAUAAUCUGGAACAGGAAAUCGAACAGCGUGUUAAGACUGAUGCAGAAACAAGAAAAACUUUGAAUCAUUUAUCAGAGAGGCUGAGGGAAGUGCCCAGACACGAAAUGGCUUCAACAAGAGUAGAACGACGUCUACAAGAAAUUGAAAAGGGAAUGAGGAUAGAACGAAACUUAGCAGAGCACCACAAGGAGCAGCUGGGACACAUAUCUGUACAUCUACGGGAGGUAUUGAAGAAACGCAAUGCUAAAGAUAAUGAGAUAGAAGAGAUAAAAAAGGACAAACAUCUGAGAUUGGAGAGUGAAAAGUGCAAGAUUGAGAAAGAGCUUGAGCGCACACGGCGAAGGUUGGAUCAGUCCGAGGGAAGUCGAGAAGCACUGCUGUGUCAGAUAGAUGGUUUACGCUCCCAGCUGUUGAAGACUGAAGAGGAUCGAGCAGACUUACAACACAGAGUUUUGCAACAAUCUUCACAGCGGAAUAGUUACGCGGAGAAGGUGGAUGAAAGACCAAUGCUAAGAGCGGUUGACAGAUCAGAGCGUGAGAAGCGAGAGCUGGAGAAACAGAUUGUGGAGCUCACUGCGGAGCUGCGGCGCAAUGCUGCCAUGUCGGAGGCAGAGGACAUCAAACGGUCCGUUGAUCGAAAAGACAGGGAACAAUCUGAACUCGCCGCACAUGUUGAGGUUCUCACCUCGGACAUAGAGAAGAGAGAGGGGCAACAACUGAGGAUGUUGGAGCGGUUGAAGGAAAUCCAGAACCGUUACGAAGAUGGCAUGAAAGAUCGAAAAUCGAUAGAUCAACAGGUUGCAGAUCUAAACCGUCAGCUGAAGGAGUCCAACAUGGAAGCCGGCAAGUACCAGAACCAACUGAAGGAAGUGGAGCUUCUCAGACUGGAGUGCGAAAAGAAGAAGGAUGAGUUGAAGCUGAGAGCCCAAGAGUCCAUCAGACAGUGGAAAGUCAAGUGUAAGAAACUGGAACAUAACUUGGAGAAGCAGAAGGAGGCUGGGAGCCAGGCAAUGGAGAGGAACAGUCGUGUGUGUAAAGAGAAGGAGCUACUACAGGGCCAGCAUGCUGCAGCGAUGUAUCAGCUGGAGAUACUCCGGAAAGAGCUGAAUGAUGUGAUCCUGAAGCGAGUGCAGCAGGAGGAGGAUCUACACCGCAAAGACGUGGUACUUCAAGAGCUGAAAGCCCAGCAGAUGGAUCUCAGUCGAGAGCUCCAAGACGUUCGGGUUUUCAAGCAAAUUGGAGCCGACUUGCAUAAACAGGAUGCUCUGUACACACAGUCCAAGGAGGAGAACCAAUGCCUAGAAGAUAAGAUCAUAGCCUUGAACCGCCAACAUGAGACAGACCAUGAGAAGCUGGUGGAAAGACAACGGACCAUCAAAGAACUGAGUAGCUUACGAGCUGAGCUCACCAAUCGACUAGCAGAAGAAGAGCAACAGCGAAAGGAGAUGGGUAAAGUGAUUGCGGAUGCCAAGGCCCGUCAGGACUUGGCCCAAGAGGAACUUUCUUCCCUCGACAAACAGUUGAAGUUAGAGAGAGACGUCCACCAACGAGAACUGGCGGAUGUUAAAUUCGAGGUGCAGACAUUAAAGACUAAACAUGAGAAGUAUGUGCAGGAGAUGAUUAGGAUAUUUCACGAUGAACGUGAGGAAAUGGAGAAUCGGAUCAGAACACUCAUGGCAGAACUGGGAGACGACAAGAACUUGGCAAAAGCACAGCGACGCCAGGUGGAAAAGAUGAAAAAUGAAUGUGACAAGCUCGCGGAGCAACUAACCCUGAGUGCAGAGGAGAACUCCAAGUUCAGGAGGAGGUGUCAGAUGUACAAACAAGACUUGGAGGAUAAGGAGAAGCUGGUGACGAGUGGGGAAGACCGUGCCAGGGGACUGGAGGAGAAGGCGUUCCACCUUAAGGAGAAGAUCUGCAGGCUGGAAACCGAAAGAGAGACGAUACUUCACUCCAUCGGCAACGAAAUCGAAGCUGUGUGUAAAUGUGUCGUGAAGGACGCUGAUGAGAAGUUCACGACGAUAUCGCUUAUGCCUGGAUUAGAGAACGAUCCUCAUCGCUGGCUGGCAGAAAUGAAAACCAAGCUGCAGUGGCUGAGUGAGGAAGUAAAAGAGCGGGAUGGAAGAGAGUCCAAGCUACGGCGCCAUCUCCAUCUCUGCCGAGGACAACUCAAAGAGCUCGUUCACAACAAGGAAUGCGAGAACCAGGUUUAUAUUGAGCAAAUUACCAAACAAGAGAACCUCCUUCAGCAGAUGCACCAAGAGAAAAGAGAUCUCAUGGAGAGGAUGCAAAGGAAAGAUGGAAAGAUGAGAGAGUUACAGGAUCGGUUUGUGGGCUUGGAAACGAGCACGCGCAUGGCCUUGGACCAUCUUGAAUCCGUGCCGGAGAGGCUGAGCAUUCUGGAGGAUUUCCAAGAUUUGGAGGACUCUCAGCAUCAGAGAGAGAUAAUAGAAGCGCGGUAUGCUAAAUACAGAGAGAUCGUCGGUUCCCUGCAACAACAGCUGGAGGACUCGAAGAGGAGUAUUCAGGAAUACAGGGACCAGGCGAUGAAUGCGAGCCUGAGGAGUGGCUGGUUAAACAACCCAAUAUGUGGUGAUUCCAAAGAUUUCUCUUCAACACUGACCGACAGUGAGGGCUGUGUAUCCGGUAACACUUGCGCUCUGCACAACAGGCAGACCAGAGCCAGAAGCCAGGAAGUCCGGAUUGUUGGCAAUGGAAGAUUGUCUCCUGCAGAAAAGGAGCAGCAUUAGGCCAAGAAAGAUCCUCGGCGCCUGCUUUGGAAAUGAAGUUGGUGUUUUGGAUACAGUCUGCUUCCCAAAGUAAGAUUUGCUAGUAAGAGACUGAGGUACUGAUGAGAGACCGAAUGUAGAGCAGCGUAA